UGCCAUCGUAGUCUCAUUCUUCACGGGCUCUGAGAUGGGUGAACAAGAAACGAACAAGCAGCUGCGUGACAGCAUGGAACACAAGGCAGUUGAUGAGGUAGACUCAUGUGGUAAAAUCUUCGAGGCCAAGGCGCCUCGGAUAGAUUUGAUGAACUUGCUGGAGUGUGACGAGAACAAUGAGGAAUCCAAAAAGUCAGAUGAACCCGAAAAUACCUCCGAUGAACCGAAGAAGCGUUCGCUUUCAGCGGACAACACGGAGACAAGUUUCGGUAGUGGUGGCAAGACGGAUUCUCAGUCCACCAUAAAACAAGUACAGUGCAUUACCAACAAUAAUAACAAAACAGUGCGUCGCUUUCAGUUCAAGCGUCCGCAGAUAUUGCGUUCCAAGUCCGUAGACGCUUUAUUAUUAAGUUGUCGUUGCGAUCGUAAAGUGACAGAAUUGUUUAAAUCGUUCGAGCGCUUAGAUUGUGGUAAUACAAAUAACUCAAAUGUGAAUAGUGAAACUGGUGCAAUUGAAAACACAGAAGUGAAAUUGCCAAGUGACCUCAUGACUCGUUCAGAGAUUAUUGGGACCAAUGCUCACAUGCAGGCGAGCGCUGGUCCAGGCCGAAGGGCGGUAAACGCGGUGACACGCGGUCUUAGGCGCCUGGUCAGGAAACACUGCAGCAGUCUGGAUAUUAGCACGCCUGACCCCGAGUUCAAGGUGGCUUAUUUGGGAAAUGUCGUUACUGGAUGGGCUAAAGGUGAGCCUUCAUUUAAUUUAAUUUAA